AAAAGUACAUUAUCUCUGUACUGGCCUGGUGGCCCAAGAACAACUUUUCUAACAUGGAUUCCAUGAGGAGUAUGACUUUGUAACAGAGCGGUACACGGGGCAGUUACAAAACGGCAGAAUUUGUUAGCUAAGUAGCUCACGACAUGACUGGCUAGCUAGAUGUUAGAAGAAAGCAUUCUGCUUUAAGCUAGCUAAACGGUUACAAAAAUGCCAUCCGGGUUUGUUAAAGAUACUGUUUAACGUUGGCUAGCACUGUUACCUAGCGAACGUUACGUUUACUAACCAGCUAAUUAGAUAAGAUUUCUUUAGUUUUAUUCUCGGCAGUUUGUCAUAAGCGAAAGGUAUCUAGCUACGGAAAUGUCCUGGUAUUGACAAUGAGUUUUUAUGAGUAGUCGUUAGUACUGGCCAUUUGGGGUUUUUUUUAUCGAAACGAUAAAUGUAUGUACAAAGAUCUUAUACUGCCAUGUGUAAUCGCGUGGAGCUACUUCUGUUAGAUGAGGUGGGUUGCUAGUUACCUACCCACAAUUUAGUUAUUUUGGUCUCGGUGUUUAACGUAUUUAUUUCUUAAUUACUAGCUUGAAAUUCAGUAAUUAGUCUUUAACUAAUGUUAGUUGACUGUCGUGGGCUUUACUCUGUCUGAUUAAGUAUUAUCGGUACGGUUACUCUUGCAUUGCAUGCAGAUAUUUGCGAACGUUAGGCAACUAGCUAAACUUUCCUCGAUGACAGCUGAGUAGCUAAGACUAACGUUACAUACUUUUAUAGGUGCUUCCAAUUCUAUUGGCUAGUUAAGAAUACCCAGACGUCUUUAAGACUGCGUUUGUGGUCUGAACACCUGGGGAUCAUGAGGGAAAUUCUAAUGAGAUUCAAUCAGGAGCCAAAAAACGAAAGAUACCGUAAAACACACCCCUGGUAAAGUUGACAUCAGAGCGAAAAAACGCGGUAGAUAACUCCCUAGCUAAGCUUUGUCCAGAUAGGUAGUUAGCUUGCAAGAGAGCGUGUCGCUGUAAAAGUGCAUCUUAUUUUUAGAUUUUAAAAUGCUGCUGUCCCUGGUCGUACACACAUACUCGUUGCGGUACUGGCUUCCAGCCGCUGUAAUGUUGGGCACAGCACCGGCAUACGUGCUGUCUUGGAGUGCUUGGAGACUGCUGUCUACGAUACUACCGCGCAGGCCGUUCCACGUAAUGGAUGACCUUUUCUAUGCGAUUUAUCAGAGCAUGGUCCUCUUCUUCUUUGAGAAUUACACAGGCGUUGAGGUCCUCAUUUAUGGAGAUAUACCAAAGAAUAAAGAGAAUGUGGUUUACCUUUCCAACCACCAAUGCACAGUGGACUGGAUCAUUGCUGACAUGUUAGCCAUCAGGCAGAAUGCAAUUGGUCAUGUACGAUACGUCUUAAAAGAUGGAUUGAAGUGGCUCCCUCUGUACGGAUGGUACUUUUCUCAGCAUGGAGGUGUCUAUGUCAAGCGCAGUGCCAACUUUGAGGAAAAAGCCAUGAAAUGCAAACUGCUCUCUCAGACAAAAUGUGGAGCACCGAUGUAUCUAGUCAUUUUCCCUGAAGGAACUCGAUACAAUCCAGAUCUUCCCAAAGUGAUUCGUGACAGCCAAGCUUUUGCCAAGAAAGAAGGACUUGCAGUUUUGAAACACAAUCUCACUCCAAGAAUGAAAGCUUCUCAUAUAGCCAUCAGUACAAUGAAGGACCACCUGGAUUCUGUUUAUGACAUCACUGUGGCGUAUGAGGGUACUCUGAAUACUAAAGGGGAACGACGUUCUGCUCCCUCAAUGCCAGAAUUCCUGUGUAAGGAAUGUCCAAGGGUCCACAUCCACUUUGAGCGUGUGGAUCUGAAGGAGAUCCCCAAAGAAGCUGUGUUCUUCCGCAGAUGGCUGCAUGAAAGAUUUGAAAUCAAGGACAAGUUGCUGACCAGUUUUUAUGAGUCAGAAGUGCCUGAACAGAGAUGCAAAUUCCCUGGAGAAGGUCAAAGGUCACCACUGAGCCUCAAGAAGACAUUACCAUCACUGUUGUUUUUGGGUGGCCUCACUUUACCGAUGCUGUUCACAGAUACUGGCAGGAAACUCUACCUAAAAACUUGGAUUUAUGGGACCUUGGUGGGGUGGUUGUGGGUGAAUAUUAGUCCCUAAGGAACAGGUACACUCCUGUUAUGCCAUUAUGCGUAUCAGUCUUUUCCUCUUCAUCUUAGCUGAACAAUUUUUUUUUUUAAUGAAGCCUUCAGUUCAAUUCUGAAAAUUUGGGUCUCUGAAUACGAUUUUCCUGAACAGUCUGUCAUUAUAAGAAGCUUUUAACUCAUGAUCGGUUUCAAUCCAAUCUGUCUUUUUCAUUAAUCUGCCAUUUUCAGCGUCCACAUUACAAUAACCAUGAUGUACUGGCAAACUGGUAAUGUGUCAAAAAGAACCAUAAAACCAGCUGUCUUUCAACAGGGUUCUGGGUUAUGACUGGGGUUUAUAUACUGUGUUUACCUAAAUCUGAAGUAUUAUCUUCAUUGCAUUUAUUUGGUGUGCCUCCAUUUGUAUUUGCGCUUCAGAGGUUUGUAUGCUUGCAAAAUAUGCCCAUGAUUUUUUUGCUAGACACAAUGGCAAAACCGAGAAGGUUAAAUAAAAUUUACACCACUGUACCUACUUUUUUUUUUUUUUAGAAGCAUUCCUUCCUUUCUCUGCAAAUAGUGUUUUGUACAUGAAUACCAACUUGAGAAAAUGUGAACUGAUCAAAUAGAUUAGUCCUCUGUUUGGGGGAAAAUACCUUUAUUUGCAUCAGUGAUUUUGGUCAAAGAAUCAAGUACACAGAAAGUAUAUGUACCAGCUUUUGCAAAUAACAGUACACCGCUUGUGGGAAAUGGCUAUGUACAGACAAUGCCAAUAUAAGUAUAUUUUACUUAAGUUUUACUUGGAGUAAUAUGCAUCAGUAUACCAUUUGUAUUAUUAUUUUGUACAACUACCUACUUUUAUGAUUUCAGAACAAAAUGUUACUAUAUAUAGUCAAACCUUUAAAUGAUUUUAAUUCAGUUCAGCUCAAUUCGAGUUAUUCCUCUUUUCCUUCCAUAUCUUAUUUUUACAGAACAUAAAAGAUACAUAAAGUAAAUUUGUUCAAUUUGAAUUCAGCACCAAGUUGUUUGUGAUUGCCUGAUUGGUCAAAAAAAGUAGUUGAACUAUCAUCAGUGAUAGACAAUUUCAAGUACUGUUUACUCCUUGAAGUAUGUGCCUUCUACUGUACCUUCUAGGGUUUGGUGUUUAUACCACUGAGUACUGUCACAGUUUAAGCCAUGUUGUUUGUAAUGUAUGCUGAGAUUAUCACAAGUGGACGGCAGGUGAAUUAUUCAUCAGUUGAGGUAAACCAAGUCUAGAUUAUCAUUUUAUUAAUUCAUUAACAUAAUUAUGUUAAGUUCCAAAACCGAUCAGAAAUCGAUGGCUUAGUAUUUAUGUAAACUGUUGCAGGUUAGAUAUUGAAUGGAUUUUAAAUACUUUCCCCAUUGUCUAGUUUAUGUGCUAGAUGAGGUAAUGAUUAAGAAAAUGUAUAAUUUCACUUAAGAAUAUUGACAAAUCGUUAGACUCAUGUUUCCACUGUUAGUAUUUGCUCAGCCAUGCCAGGUUUGUGUAGCUUUGUCUUGAGGUCGCAACCACCUGUUCCAUUAAAUGUUAUUUUUACAGAUUCAUAAAACUUGCACUGAUCUGAAAAAUAUGUUAAUUAUGCUCAGUAUUUUGAAAUAACACCAAAUAACACAAAGUUCAGUUGAACCUAGGGUGUAAUUUAAAGGUUCUCUCCAACUGCAGCAUCAUGUGAAUAUAUUUUAUUUGUUACUGGGUCAUUGAUCAAUAUUUCUGAAUUAUUAGAGUGAUUGGUCCUGGAAAAUGAGUCUUCAGUCUACCAGCAAACAAUGUGUUAACUCCAAGUGUGUAUCUAAUAAAGUGAGUAAUACAACAGAAUUAGGAAAUUUAAAUGUUUUAUUGUUUCUAUUCUAUUCUACCAAAAUAUAUAUUUGUUCUUUUGCCUUGGUUUAUGCAUAUGAAUGAUUAUGUUACAGCAGCUUUGUGCAGGAUAUGUAGAAAUAUUACUGGGCAUGAUUUUGCUUUUCAAUAAUUCCUUUUGUGACAUGACUUUUUGAUACCAAAAUGUUGAAUGUUACCGAAACAUCCAUCCUGGUUUCGUUUGAAUGAUUUAGUUAUUCUGUUAAAAACCUUGACUUCUCAUUUAAGUUGAAUGCAUUUUUUAGAAGUGAUAAUUAGGCCAGUUUGCAUGCAUUUUCCUUCUAUAAUGUAACCAUACUGUUUGCAAAUACCAGAAUUCUACCUCUGCACACAUUUUGGUUCAAGAUUUUGUUCCAAAAUGUCUACAGAUAACUGAAUGAAUAUUGAAAUGGUUUCUUGUGCUUCAUAAUAUGUUUCUGUUUUUACCACAGCAUGUUAAAUAAAAAUAUAUUUUAUAAAUGUG